AUGCCACGUUCUCAACGAAACGAUAACUUUAUUGAUAAGACCUUUACUGUUGUCGCUGAUAUUUUAUUAAAGGUGUUGCCUACAACUCGUAAUGAAAAAGAAGCUUUUGUUUAUUACCGUGAUGGCAUGUCUGCACAAGCCGAAGGGGAGUAUGCGGAAGCAUUACAAAAUUACUAUCAGGCUAUGCGUUUAGAAGUUGAUCCGUAUGACCGUAGCUAUAUUUUUUAUAAUAUUGGUUUAAUUCAUACAAGUAAUGGAGAGCAUACAAAAGCACUUGAGUAUUAUUAUCAAGCUCUUGAUCGAAAUCCAGCACUUCCACAAGCUUUAAACAAUAUUGCUGUAAUUUAUCAUUAUCGAGGUGAGCAAGCCCUUGAAGCAGGAAAUAUUCCUGAUUCAGAAACAUUAUUUGGAAAAGCUGCUGAAUAUUGGAAAGAAGCAAUUCGCUUAGCUCCAUUAAAUUAUAGUGAAGCCCAAAACUGGUUACAAACAACAGGUCGUUAA